CUCGGAGGUCGGCAGUCGUCCCUCUUCUCGAUCGUCGCCGAAAAGCCCCCCCACCCCCCCGACCAAUGAUCGCUCCCCGAUCCUCCUCCUGCGAUCACUAACCGUUUCCCUCUGUCGGAGCCGUAGAUCGUCGUCGCCCAUCCUCCGCCAUGAGUUUGGAGCCCUUCAACAGGUUGGUGAAGCUCGCGGCGCGGGCGUUCUACGAUGACGUCACCAUAAAGGGCGAAAACCAGCCCAAGACUGGGAGAGGCGACAACAGGGGGAUGGCUGUUAUUGUUCUUGAUGCCCUCUCCAGGCGCCAGUGGGUUAGAGAGGAAGAUUUGGCUAAAGCCUUGAAGUUGCAUACUAAACAACUGCGCCGUGCUUUACGUUUUUUUGAAGAAGAGAAGCUAGUUACUAGAGAACAUCGGAAAGAGAGUGCCAAAGGUGCAAAAAUAUUCAAUGCUGCAAUUGCUGCAACUGGUGAUGGUCCACAAGGUACUAAAGAGGGUGAUGAGAAGAUGAAGAUGCAUAUGCAUUCGUACUGCUGUUUAGAUUAUGCACAGAUUUAUGAUGUUGUUAGAUACCGAAUGCAUCGGAUGAAGAAGAAAAUAAAGGAUGAGUUGGACAGCAGAAAUACCAUUCAGGAGUACAUAUGCCCUAAUUGUGGGAGAAGAUAUUCUGCUUUUGAUGCAUUACAACUUGUGAGCAUGGAUGAUGAAUAUUUUCACUGUGAAAAUUGCAAUGGUGAACUUGUUGCUGAGAGUGACAAGCUUGCUGCUGAAGAAAUGGGAGACGGGGAUGAUAAUGCUAGGAGGCGGAGGCGUGAAAAGUUAAAGGACAUGCUUCAGAAGAUGGAGGAGCAGCUGAAACCGCUAGCAUUACAGCUUGCUAGGGUGAAAGAUUUGCCUGCUCCUGAAUUUGGAAACCUACAAGCAUGGGAAGCUAGGGCACAUGCUGCAGCUCAAGCUAGUGGUGAUUCUAAUGCUAGUGAUUCUUCUAAAAAUCCCCAAGCACAAGGUUACACUGGCACGCCAAUGCCGUUUCUUGGUGAAACAAGGGUCGAAGUUGCUUUAUCUGGUGUUGAGGCAAAAGAGGAGAUUGAACUUGAUACAAAACCUACAUCAAUGAAGGUUUUACCUCCAUGGAUGAUCAAACAGGGAAUGAAUCUUACAAAAGAGCAGCGUGGAGAGGUCAAGCCUGAUGUCAAAGUGGAGCAAAGUUCCAGUUCUGUUGAUGAGAAGAAAUCAAAUAUGGAUAAAGAAGAUGAAAAGAGUUUACAGGAUGAAUAUCUCAAGGCUUAUUAUGCUGCCCUUGUGAAAAGGCAAGAAGAACAAGAGGCCUCUAAAAAAGUUCAACAAGAGGCAGAACUGCCAAUAAAUGUUUCUGAAGCACCCUUUGAGCGACUUGUUGGCAUGAAAUCAAAACGUGAGGAUGACAAUGACGACGUUGAAUGGGAGGAGGAGGCCCCAAGUACAGGUAAUUCUGGUCAAUCAUAUAGGCUAGCCGAUUUGAAUGUGGAAGCUGAUGCAUCGGAUCAUGACGAUGAUGAGGAUGGUAUAGACUGGGAGGAAGGCUGACAUCCAUCAGAAUAAUAUCUACACAGUAAAUGAGCUCCUCCCACGUUGACUAAUGAUGCUUGGUCUCCAUCCUGGUCUGGUUUUGUUUAAAACAAUCACACCUCUAUAUAUAUAUAUAUAUCAUUUUUCAGGGAGUUAUAUACACUAUAAGUAAAGCGCUAUAAGAAUGCAAUUCUGAACAGAAGAAAUAGACGAUUCUAUUUUGAACACCUGAGUGGAAUAAAGCAAAGAGAUGUCAGGCGAUGCAUCGUCGAAGAGCUUUUGAUAUCUACUGAGAUGCAAAAGGGGGGGGGGGGGGGUUCACUCUGCUGCAAUCGUAUGGUGGGUCUGUCGAUCCUCUCGAGCGCUUCCC